GUUUAAGAAGGGUUGUCAGGCAGGUCACCCGAAGCACGGGCUUUGUUUUGUUAGGUUGGCGGGAGCAGCAUUGUUAACAUGGAGGGACCACAAAACGGUAACAGGAAGAAACACUGACGCCGUACGUGACUUCACAUCGCCGCCACUUGGUGGAGUUGUUGACUCGGGCCGUACAGUUCAGUGGUUCUGAAUGGUGCUAUCCGUUUAGGCGUUUUACGCGGGAAGAAGGCGUGUGUAGACUGACAACAUAACCCUGUGGGACGUUAGUAAAUAAUCCGCGGCACCGCUCCCUGACGACACAAUACAAGUUGGGACUGCAGGUAGUGUUGCUCCGGUGCGAGGUCUCCAUACGUGCGAGUCAUCGUGCCUUCAAACACCACCAUGAGCGGGCGAGGAAGCGGACCGGGAGCAGGGGGGCUGCUGACUGCGGCUAAGAAAGUGAAGAUGGGGAAGAAGCUGGAGCGAGUGAUGAAGGGGGACCGCAGUGCGACCUCUGCGACCUCUCAUGACACUUCAGAUGUGGACGGUAAUAAAUCUCCUGAGCCCUACAGUUGCACAGGUGAUUUUGAGGCAGACUAUACAGAACUGUGUAACCGGGCGGGGCUGAUGGAGAUCCCCAAGGUGGUGCCAAGGCCCCAUAGGCCGGGGCCACCUCCUCCUCCUGACCCUAAGUCUGCCACCCCCAUGUCCCAAAGAGAGAGUUGUAAAAGUGCUCGUAGUACACGUAUGGAGAAAGUGGAGGAGCCGACCUCCCCGGUGCCCUCGGAGCAGGAGGAGCCCCCUCCCACCACCUACACCACCAGCGACAAGUUUGACUACUUUAAGCCAAAGGUACAGGUGGAGCUGGAGAAACCUGAGGACAAGAAGAGCAUGACUGAGGUCUACAUCAGAGGUUGGAAAGUGGACCAGAAGUACAUUGAUAUCUUCAAGCAGUGUUUCCCUGCUGCGGACAAACUGCAUACAAUCGACUUCUGGAAUGUUGGCUUGACAGACAACACGCUGGCUCAGUUUGCAGCAGUCGCCUCACAGUGUCUCAAUCUCAGGACUGUCAAACUGGAUGGGAACCCUGUGCCAGGGGAAGGUUUCCAUCAACUGAUAGGAGAGGACAGCAUGAUUGUCAGUAUGUCCCUGAGAAGCUGUAAGAUAACGGACAAGGGUGCAGAGCUGAUCGGAAAGGCGCUGUCCACAGCCAAGACACGGAACCAGAGUCUGUGUGCCCUCAACCUCAACAGUAAUAUGAUCACAGACGCAGGGGCAUGCUACAUUGCUAAUGGCUUGAGGAUGAACAGGACACUUCUAGUUCUGUCCAUUGCCAAUAAUGCCAUCGGAGAUGAAGCUGCUAAGAAGUUUGGAGAGGUGCUGUCCAGAUUUUCCCUGACCCAUGAGGAAGUCGUGGAGAGGAGGAAAGUUCUGUCAGAGAAGGGAGCCCCUGAUGUCAGGAGAUCACCCAUCUCCAGACGAGCGGAGUCCCGGGACAGGCCAGGCAGCCAGAGCAGCAGGUCACAGCUGGACAAGUCCAUGGCCAAGUCUGGGCGGGCCUCUUCGAAAGCAAAGAAGGACAAAAAGGAAGAUGACAAAAAGGGAAAGGGAAAAGAUGACAAGUGGAAGAAAGAGCCACAGCGGGGUGCUUCCAAAGCAAACUCUCUAGGAUUUACAUCUGAACUACAAACAGAAACUCUGGGCAAGGCAUCCAAGGGCAAAGGUCGGCAGUCGGGCGGCAAGAAGGGCCAGGGUGCAGGCUCCAUAACUGAAGCUGAGACUCCUGACAUCCUAGAGAUUAUCAACCCCCUGUUGGAGGAGGCAGAGAGAGUGGAUGGGGAGCUGCUCAUCCCUGGAAACAGGGCACUCAUCAACCUCAACAUCUCCAGAAACAGAAUAGGUGAGGCAGGUCUGAAGUCCCUGCUGAAGGGGAUCCAGUACCAGAUCACUCUCACCACGCUGGGGUCGCGGUCAGGUGGCACCGGGCUCAUGAGGCUGUCUGUGCAGAAAAACAGCUUCCCGCUAAACCAUGAGUCUUACCUGAAAAUGCAGGAGUUGAUGAUGACCCGAGACCCCCUGUACAAGCCACCGUCUAAAACUCCUGACGAGGAGUCAACAUCUCAGGCCACUGGGUCAUAGUGCGCAGCUCCUGUACCAUCAACAUUAUGUGUUUCUACUUUACCUGUCUUACAAAAGAUGUUGACAUGUUUCAAAAAAGUAUCCACAAGGGCAGUAACCUUUGAGGCCAAGGUUUAUACUAUAGCAGUUGUAUAUUCCUUAGAGAAUGUGUAUGUCAGUUUGCUUUCAAGAAAUUUUAGAACCAGAGGGUUAGUGUUUCGUAGAAUGUUACAAUAUAUUAUUAUGCCAUUGAUUAUGCCAUAAGAAAGGAGUGCAUUGUUUUUAGUAAAUGUGUCUUGCCAAUGCUUUUUUAUAUAUGUCCAAGUGCAAUAAUGUUAACACUGGAAAACAGUGCAAUGGUUAUAAACAGUGAAGUAUGUUGGCAGAUUUUGGUGUUGGUUUUAGUCUACAAUAUUAUGUAGCUGUAAUGAAAAACUGAUGUGCCAGGGAUUUUACUAGUCCAACACAUCUGCCAUGUUUCAUGUAAGUUAGACAGGUGUUGUACUAUUGUAUGAAUUGUUGUUUUAUAGAUAUAUUAUGAGUAUGGGAGAUAGUUUUGUUGUACAACCUUUUUUAAAAAUGUUUGAACGAAGAUAUCUGGUUUAUAGAAAAUGCAGUCAAAUAUAUCUGGUCCCACAAUUCUCAAUGAUGGUAGAGCUACUGUGUGUUGUAUACAUGCGCAUGUACCUACAAGAGGUAUGUAUAUAUCUGGUGAAAAAUCGAAAAGUGUAAAGUUAUAUGAGAUUAUUUUGGUGUAUAUAAAAUGUCUGCAACUGGUUA